AGGGCCGGAAGUGGCGAGCGCUCGCCCUUUCCGCGUCGCUCGCGGCGGGCGGCCGGUGUGAGUGGGUCUGUUACCUCUGAGGGUUCCCGGCCAACGGCCUUUUGUCGGGCGCUGCUGCCGCCGACCCAACUCCACGAUCGGGGGAACAUGGUGGGCCGGAACAGCGCCAUCGCCGCUGGUGUAUGCGGCGCCCUUUUCAUCGGGUACUGCAUUUACUUUGACCGUAAGAGGCGGAGCGACCCCAACUUCAAGAACAGGCUGCGAGAACGAAGAAAGAAGCAAAAGCUUGCUAAGGAGAGAGCUGGACUUUCCAAGUUACCUGACCUUAAAGAUGCUGAGGCUGUUCAGAAAUUCUUCCUUGAAGAAAUACAACUUGGUGAAGAGUUAUUAGCACAAGGUGAAUAUGAGAAGGGUGUAGACCAUCUGACAAAUGCAAUUGCUGUAUGUGGACAGCCACAGCAGUUACUGCAAGUAUUACAACAAACUCUUCCACCACCAGUGUUCCAGAUGCUUCUGACUAAACUUCCAACAAUUAGUCAGAGAAUUGUAAGUGCUCAGAGCUUGGCUGAAGAUGAUGUGGAAUGAGAAACAAAUGUCAGCAUAAUCUCAAUUAAAAAUAUUUUUAAAAUCUUAACUUGGAACGUGAACAGCUCUGGGGGAAUAAGGGCAAAUAUACUUGUUAUGGACUGUCCUACACUGAAAUCUACCAAAGUUAAUUUUUACUUUGUGUAGAUCCAUAUGUCUGUUUUAUUUAUUUUUUCCAAUGAAAAGUGUUUUUUGAUAGAAAGCUUUUCAUUUUAUAAGUACACUAUGCAUUACUGAAAUACAGAUUUUGUUCAUCCUUGAAAAAUAAAAAUGUACAGAUAGCAUCACAUUGCUUGUAUUGAAAAUUCCCAGGGCUCAGUUUUGAAAAUAAACAAUUAAAGUAUAAGGGUAAGCUGAAGAAUGUACAUUUUAAAGCUGGUAAAUUUUGUUAUAUCUCAGAUGGAAACCUGAUUGUUUUCAAAACUGAGCAUUAAAAUUUUUGAAAUAGUUUCUACCACUUAAUCUCUUUAAAAUAUGAAAUGUGCUGCUGUGCUGUAUUAAUAACUUCACCUCCAUCCUGUAAAUCAGUCUUGAGAUGUUUUGUUUAAAUCAGUGGGCUAAUGUGUCUUGGAUAUUUAUCUUGUAUCUUAGAUUUAUGUAGAAUUAGAUCUUUGUACACUCCUAAUCUAGCCAUGUGUGCUUCAUCAGUUAAUUUCUACUUACUUUACUCAUUUAUAAAAUGAGGAAAUUGGUUUGCUGAUUCAGAGAAGUGUCCCUUUUACCUUUAAUGCAUUUGGUUCUGUUCAACAUCUUUACAAUCACCCUUUUCCUGAGCGGUAUAUUUGUUUGGGCAACCACGCCUUGCAUUUUUUUUAUACUCUGAAUUUUGCAUGCUUGCCUGACUUAGUAUUUCCUAAUUGAUGAUUUUUUUAAGGUAUAACAUACUGAUUUUCACAGAAAUCAACUGUUACCACUCUUGUAAAUUAAUCUGAAACUUAACCUUUAAGUUACCUGGAUGAUAAUGCUUGUAAAAAUGUUCCCCUUUGCUUUUAUCUUCAAUGUACCUCUCUGAACCACCUUCAAUCUGAUUUAUCCUGCUAUGAUGAGAUUGAGAUGUAACCUUGUGGCUGAAGCAAAUAAUGGAGGUAACUUUUUUCUCAAAAUAGUGAAAUACUAACUACGGUCACAGGUUGAAUAUCAGAUCUGAAAAUAAAGGUCUUUGGUACUUGGUGUCAUCUGUUGAA